CUCACGAGAAGCCGUGUGUAAGAGAUGUAAACGAAGUUUCUCCACUAAUAAAACAAAAUGUUUAUAAGAACAACAUUUCUUGUUUUUGUCCUUCUACCUGUCGUAUACUCACAAUAUAUUCAAGUGUACUGAGAGUGUAAACUGGACUACGAUGAUCUUCAAAAACUGGUGCAAAAACAGAACAAGAUAUUUGACAGAGACAUACAAAAACUCAAGCAGGAAGUGGAAAAUCUCAGGAGAGACAACAUGGAGCUCAGGCAUUUAAUUAACAAAACUGGGUGUGAUGGAGAGUCCACAUCAGGUUCGGUAAGAGGUACAAUGUUUAUUGGUUUUACCUUAGCACUAACUUCGCAGAAUUUUGCACACAAAGGAAGCAUAUUAAAAUUUGAAGAAAUCAUAACAGAUUACAGCGCAAAAUUUAAUGACCGUGGAGAAUUUCUCUGCGGCUUAAAUGGCACAUAUGCAUUUUUCCUUCAUUUAGUAACUAGAUCAUCAAACGCUAAUGGGGCAUGGAUUUAUAAAAACAAUAGUCCAAUGACAUUGGUUUGGCAAGGGGGUCCAAGAGGGACCCCUGGUGAUGCGUCAGGGUCAACAUCAAUUGUCGUUGAUUUAUACAAUGGCGAUACAAUGUCUAUUAGAUCUUACAAGGACAAUUUAACAGUCACUGAUAAGACUGUAUGGUCCGGUCAUCUCUUAUCCAAAUUACCAAAUGACAACCCUGUAUUGGUAACAACAUUAGAAAAUCCUGUUGCCGGUAAAGAUGUUACCAUUCGUGGACGAGAUAUUUUGGUCAACUUAAGACAUGCUAAUUUCUCGAUGGCAAAAGAUAAUUUCUUGUGUACCAAAGCAGGUUUAUAUAAAGUUGAUAUACACUCUAUUAUGAAGUCUUCUGUUUACAAUAGUGUAGAGUUAUUCUACAAUGGAAAAGGUCUCGACAAAAACCUCUAUAGAUCGGUCACUUGGAACUCCCAAAUUGAUUACAGUUCCUCUUCUACAGCUGCCGUACUGAGUCUCUCUUCCUUAGACACGCUUUCGUUGAAGAUGAGGCUUCAGAAUGACAGAACCCUAAGCUCAUCAUCGAUAUUUGCCGUGUAUUUUUUGAAAAACAAAGCUGGCAAGGCCGACUUUUUUUGUAAAAGUUUGGAAACCAUAGGGACUUACCUGACUUGUCCAAAGUCACUUAAUAUUUUUAGUCCCACCGGGUUGUUUAGCAUAAAAUCAAAGGGAUUUUACUACUUCGGAAUACAUUUAGUUUCCGCAACACGUGAUACUGGAGUCCGAAUUUACAAAAACGAAGCACCCAUGACAACGGCUUGGCUUGGAGCUGAAUGGGGUACAUGGAUGACAGCGUCUACGUCGAUCGUUGUUGAUAUGGAUCUCGGGGAUCACAUCACAUUUAGAAAAAUUACUAGUGGACUAAAUGUGGACCAUGCUUCUAUAAUCACCGGCUAUAAAAUCGACAUCUAGUGUAGCGAUUGUUUAAAAGAGAUAACAAUUUGAAAAUUCUUCAAUUUAAAUGUAGUUUU